AUGGAGGAGAGGUACGAGGCGCUGAAGGAGCUGGGGGCCGGCAACUUCGGGGUGGCGAGGCUGGUCAGGGACAAGCGGACCAAGGAGCUCCUCGCCGUCAAGUACAUCGAGAGGGGCAAGAAGAUUGAUGAGAAUGUGCAGAGGGAGAUCAUCAAUCACCAGUCGCUCCGGCACCCUAACAUCGUACGGUUCAAGGAGGUUUGUUUAACGCCCACACAUCUUGCUAUUGUCAUGGAAUAUGCUGCUGGUGGAGAGCUAUUUGAGAAAAUCACCACAGCAGGGCGAUUCAGUGAAGAUGAGUCUAGGUAUUUCUUUCAGCAGCUGAUAUCAGGGGUCAGCUACUGUCACACUAUGGAAAUUUGUCACCGUGAUCUUAAACUUGAGAAUACCCUCCUUGAUGGGAGUCCAACACCUCGCGUGAAAAUUUGUGACUUUGGUUACUCAAAGUCUGCUUUGCUGCAUUCGAAACCAAAAUCAACAGUUGGAACUCCAGCAUACAUAGCGCCCGAGGUUCUUUCCAGAAAAGAGUAUGAUGGAAAGGUAGCAGACGUUUGGUCCUGUGGUGUCACACUGUACGUGAUGCUUGUGGGAUCAUAUCCAUUUGAAGAUCCUGAGGAUCCAAGGAACUUCCGGAAAACGAUCAGCAGAAUUCUUGGCGUGCAAUACUCCAUCCCGGAUUAUGUGAGAGUGUCUUCAGACUGCAGACGCCUUCUGUCUCAAAUAUUCGUUGCCGAUCCUUCAAAGAGGAUCACGAUCCCGGAGAUAAAGCAUCACCCGUGGUUCCUGAGGAACCUGCCGAGGGAGAUCUCGGAGAGGGAGAAGGCCAACUACAAGGACUCGGAUGCCACCGAGCCGGCGCAGGCCGUGGACGAGAUCAUGCGGAUCGUUCAGGAGGCCAAGACCCCCGGUGACAUGUCCAAGGUGGUCGACCCGGCGCUGCUGGCCGAGAUGGCAGAGCUGGAGAGCGACGACGAAGAGGCAGACGCCGAUGACACCUACUGA